GCAGGUUUGUUUCAGCUUAAAAGUAAUUUUUAAAUUAUAAAUUAUAAAAAAGUUAGAUUGUGAAAAACCGAAUGACUAAAAAUUAAGAGUCGUUUGACUACUGGAUUGUGAGAGGUUGCAAUGAUAGCUUAUAUUUUGUAAUAUCUAUAAUAUUCUUAGCUUUUGUAGUACAUAUUUCUCCUGUUUGUUUCUUUGUAGCUAUUUUAGAAAUACGAAUUUGUAAGAUAAAAUAGUAAAUAAAACAUAAUUCAUAUCGCAUUAUUUUUUAACCAUCAAUUAGCAACUAAUAUAUCAAUUAUAUAAAAAAAUUUAGAUCAUAAAUUAGGAAAUAUUAUAUCAUUCAUAUCCUCGUAUGAACAAUCUAGUUACUCUUAGCAAACAAAGUAUCUGCAAGAUUAUCAAGAAAGGUAUUUGUGUAUCCAUCAAUCAUUCAAGUUUUUCAUAACCCAUUUUAUACCGGAGAGAACAAUGCCCUCUUCUCAGAUUUGUUUAAGAAUGUGUCACCAUAAUACAUACUAAAAGUACUUGCUAUUUCUCCAUACUAUUUGAGCACAUUUAGUUGAUUAUGUGCUAGCUCUAAUAUUUCAUCAUCUCCAUCACUUUAAGUAGAACUCAUCUACAAACAAAUGAAGAGAUAGGUUACAAACUAAUAUGUAGGUUCAUAAAGUAAUAAUUUAGUAAAUAGACAAGGUUCAAGCAAGUAUUACAUAACAAUAGCUAGGUUUAUAAAACAGUUCAAGCAAAUAAAUACUCAUGAUUUUUGUUCUCCUCGCACAGCCUCUUCAAUCAAUUGAGCCUUGUUUCAUUUGAGGACAAAGUGUUGAAUACAUCAUGGUGUUCAGCUUUAACAAAAAGCUUGUUAGCCAUGAAAUGUUCUUCACUUCCUUCUAUUGCUUUAGAUUCUAUCGUCAAACUCAUCACUUGCUUAAUUGAUUCAGACCUCAUUUCACCCAGCAACACCUUAUUGGCAACAACAUUACAGGAUUGCAUAUUAUCUCAUGUACCUUUCAUUAUCUUAACCAAGAGGUUCUUUUUUUUUCAGGCUACUAGCACUAUGUUAGUACCACAUAGCUUCAGUGGAUUAGCAAUAUUUCUAGUGCCGGUGCUGCCUUGAGGGCUUACAGCUGCCAAUUCUUCGACAUCAAUUGUAUUAUUUGUGUUCCCUCCUACUCCUUCACUAAGAACACAAGAGGAAAAACUAUCCACUGCACUAUACUCAAACAUCCUCUCAAGCCCUGAGAGACACUCAGGAGGUCCAUUUCGAAGCUUCCUCCAUCCUCCAUGAUUCUAAAAACCAAAGAAGAUAAUAUCAUAUAACUUAUGACACAAUAGAAUUAAUUAUAGUAAUGGGUAUAUAAAAGUGAGUACCUUUGUGUUCUCUUUCCACCAACUGUCACUUGCGUCCACCAUUCCUUUGGUACUAUCCCAUUCAAGUCCAGUAGCUUUAUUGUGGUUAGCCAAAAAAUAUACAAACCCUUCAACAAAUCACAUCGGUUUUUAAAUUGUGUUUUUGAGUGAUGCUUCCCUGUCUUAACGAAGAACUUAUCAUGCAAGUUCUUGUAUGUUUUGUUAGACAAUACACCAAGAGACAUAUUCCUAUCGUCUAUUUCUUGUACACAAAUUAUGUAACUAGUAAGGAUGCAACGAUUGACAGGUAUUAUAUAACUAGUAAACAAAUUGUAACCAUUUAAUGACAUCUAAAAAGGAAUUGUAACCCUUGCAUGCCUCCACCCCGUAGCAACCUAUGCUAAUGGAACCUAAUCACAACCAUUAGUAGAGAAUUAGCAAAACUAUGGAAAUAGGGGAUAAGGUUGCUCGGUUCCUUCUCCCUUCAACUGCAGCUUCACAAACCCAACUACAACUGCAAACAUUCAGUUAUUUGCUGGCACUUGCAUAUUCAAUAGUUUGUAUAUGUUAUUUUGUUUAGUAGAAAAAUUAAGAUGGUAUAGAGGUUAACAGAUGGAAAGCACGAGAAUAUUUCAUACUUUAUAUCUCAGUAGCAGUGAUUCCUACCAUAGGCAUAUAUAAAACUUCAGUAAACCAUAAAUACCAAUGCAAAUUGCAUCACUUAGAGCACAUAGCCUCUGAUUUUACCACUACACAGGGCUGAUCACACAAGCGGGUUUACAUCCCAAUUUAAUAGUCUUGCCAAUAUUAAACCAAACCAAUGCUCCAUGGAGGGGACAUGAGGGAUGGAGGUGUAACUUAGCGUUGGGCGGCAAGAGGGGUAGGUGAUGGUUGGAAGCAGUGGCAAUGACCCUCCUUGACGUCGGGGUCGAAAGGGAGCCAAGGCAGCAGGGUGCAUGGCCCACGUCGAAGUCUCGGAGGCGUCGAGCCGACGAAGGAUGGAGUUAUAGCGGCGGAGGGGAGGCGGUCGUGGGUGCAGAGCUCGUCGGGGAUCUCUGACCGAUGGCGGCUCAGGCCAGUGGAGGUGUUGGCCACCAAACCCUAAGACCGGCGACGUUGUAGGGUUUCCCGAGAGGGAGAGAGCGAAGGAGUCAGGGAGGUGGGGACGUAGAUAUGGAUGUUAACAGGGAAUUACUCGUUGUUGAAUGGUUCCCCAUCCCCGUCCCCGAACGAAGGAAAAUUCCCCGUUCCCGUCCUCGCUCCUGCUCGUGAGGACUAUUUUAUCCCCAUCUUCGUCCCUGCACCAGGAAUAGGAACCCGACGAAGAACAAGACCCCACUAACAAUUAAAGAGUCAGUCGCCCACCUAGGUCGAGGCAGCCUACUGGGCUGACCUGCACCGCGCCUGGCUCCCCCUGGGCCGGCUGCGCACGCUUGGGCUGCCACCACGUGAGCUGUGGUGCUACCUGCUGAACCACGGAGGCUACUAUCCGCCAAGCCAAAACAGGUCUCCGUGGGGAAACGGAGACUGAGAAUGCUUUCCCCAUACCUGUCCCUGCUAGAUUCGACGGGAAUAUGAUUUCUACCAUUUGUAUCCUCACAGGGAACAAAAUCUCCUCAUCCCGUCCCUUAAUAGGAGAAUUCGCCGCGAGGAAUCAGGGAUCGGGUUCUCAUUGACAUUCCUAUGCGCAAAGGGGGAGGGAUCAGUCGGGGUGGUUCAGUGGCAAUUACGGGUAAUUUAUACCAACUUUGAUGUUCAGAUUCAAUUGUCCAUCCCACACAAUCCAAUAAAAAUUGGGGAAACCAGAUUGUGGAUUGUGAUAUAAUCCAGCCCCAAAAUGUGGAUUACAAAAUCAAGUCGUCUGUUUCGAUUUCUAGCUUUUGUUACCAAAAUCCAAAAGCAAAAGCGAAAACAAACAGAGUCUUACUAAAGUGUCCGUUUCCUAAAUUUGACACCCAAUACAAAUAUACAAUAUAUAUUUCACUGUACCAAUCAAGCUAACAAACAAAUCAAAAUACAAACAUACCAAGUGCCCACUUUGAAAAUUUGAUCUGUAACUUUGAGGACAGAAUGGCGAGUGAUCAUAGUACUGAGAAAACUCUCAUCUUUGUACUGAUGGCGAGUGAUCAUAGUACUGAGAAAACUCUCAUCCUAUGUCAUAAUAAAUUAGCCAUAAAAAUGUAACUUGUUUCAUAGACACUUGACUUGUACAAGACAGCAUGCUGGAAAGACCACUUCAGAUUGAAAAACAUUUGUUAUCAAUCUCCAGCUGUUCUGAAAACAACUGGAAUAACCUUCCUCUGGACUAAUGUCAUACCUAUUAACCUAUCCAACAAUUGUUCUGAAAACCAACACAGUUUCUCAAUUUCCACAAACCCCACAUGGCUGCUGCACUUAACAGAUUAAGGUCUCAUUUGGUAGUGCUCCAGCUCUCAAUUCCCAACUCCAACCUCAGAGCUUGUAGGCUAAUAUAAAUUAGUUUAAGUACAUAUUUUUAGUUUAAAAUGGAAAAAAUAUAUCUCAUCAAAACACCUACGAUGUACCUUAGCUCUAGCUUCAUGAAUUUGUCCAAUAAUAUCGGGAGCUCAAGCUUUGCCAAACAGGCCCACCAACAGAACUUUUUAUUGCUAAGCCAAUGUUUUGCUACAGACUCAAAGUCAACACCUAUAUUAAAACCAAUUGCUUCAGAGAUUGCACACCACAUCUUAACUUCCUAGCAACUACACAUUCGAAAAACCAAAACCUGACUUAUAUUUCGAGAAGAAGAAAAAAAAAAAGAAACCGACGACUAGUGAACCACCCCUUGUUUUUUUGGGACGUUCGACCAAACUUGAGGCAUGAACUGCUUGCGUGUGGUCACUGUUCGUUAAGAAAAUAGGAGAUAAAUGAAUCGGAAAUCUUAAUUGCUUGAUCUUUUUAGUGUAUUUGGUGUAUUCAAUACCCAAAUGAUUCAAUACUGGCCCUAAGCAAUAUUAGUCUAAUCAUUGUAUCGAGGAGUGAUUAGUACAAAAUGCUAGUAACGCACAUCGUCAAAUUUGGCUGAAAGCAUCACCUCGACUCACUUCGCCCACUCAAGUCAUGGCCACCGGAAACCUGUGCACCGUGGAGAAGCGCGGCCGCGUCCACCUCAUCACCCUCACCGGCGCCGGAGAGCACCGCCUCAACCCGGCCCUCCUCUCCGCCAUCCGCUCCGCGGUCGCCGCCGUCCGCGCCUCCCCAGGCGCCGGGGCCCUCGUCGUGGCCGCCGAGGGCAAGUUCUUCUGCAACGGCUACGACCUGGCCUGGGCGCGCGCCGGCGCGGCCCCGCCGGACCGCGUCUCCGCCAUGCGCUGCGCCCUCCGCGGCCUCGUUGCCGAUCUUCUCGCGCUCCCCGUGCCCACCGUCGCCGCCGUCACCGGCCACGCCGCGGGCGCCGGCUGCGGGCUCGCGCUCGCGCACGACGCCAUCGUCAUGCGGGCAUCCCGCGGGUUCCUCUACAUGAGCGAGGUCGACGCCGGCAUCAAGAUCGUCGACUUCUUCGGCGAGCUGCUCCGGCAGAAGGUCCCCGACGCCGUCGCCAGGAGGGACCUGGUCAUGAAGGGGAAGAAGAUGACGGCCGCGGAGGCCGUGCAGCGCGGCAUCGUGGACGCGGCUGUGGAUGGCGGCGUCGACGACGUGGUGGCCGCGGCAGUCGCCGUGGCCGAGGGGCUCGCGGCGAGGGGAUGGGACGAGGAGGUCGUGGCCCAGAUCCGCAAGUCCACCUGGCCGGCGCUGUGGAGCAAGGUCAAGGACUACGGUGGCGAGGCGCCAGCGCCGGCGCGGCCGCGACUGUAAGGUGCAGACAUUUGCUUGCCAGUUGGGCAAUUUCGACUGAUUUGCCUGGUGUAAUGUAUGAGCUAAAACAAACUGCUAGAAUC